AUGGGCGUGUCCUGCACACCGUCUUGCUGCUCGGGUCCCUGGCUCUCAGCGUUGCUGGGGUGCGCGUGUGUCGUGCACCGCAUUGCUGAGGCUCUCUGCGACUACUGGAUGCUGGCAACUCUACUGGUCACUGUGCUUCCAGGCGGGUUCUGUUCCAAGCCACCGGGCACUCCCUUGAGGUACCUGAUCCACCAGCCGCCAGAUCACGUGGGGAGGCCCUGGGCAAAAUCAGGGCCCAAACUCCGGAUCCACAGCCUCCUGGUCUGACAGUGCCCAGCAGAGUUUCUGGGUGUAUUUGUGCUCUUGCUUCUCACUCAGGGGUUUGUGGCCCAGGCUGUCACCAGUGAAGAAACAAAAGGCAACUUGUUUACCAUGUUUCUGGCCAGCUCUCUGGCGAUUACAGUAGCCAUCUACGUGGCAGGCAAUUUCUCAGGAGCCCACCUAAAUCCAGCCUUCUUUCUGGCCUUGUGCCUGGUGGGACACUUCCUCUGGGCCAAGCUCCCCAUUUACUGCUUUGUGCAGCUGUUGUCUGCUUUCUGUGCCUCAGGAGCCGCCUAUGUUCUCUACUACGAUGCCCUACAGAACUAUACAGGUGGGAACCUGACAGUGACUGGUCCCAAAGAGACAGCCUACAUUUUUGCCACCUAUCCUGCCCCCUAUCUGUCCCUGAACAAUGGCUUCUUGGAUCAGGUUCUGGGUACCUGGAUGCUGAUUGUGGGGCUCUUAGCCAUCCUGGACAGAUGGAACAAGGGAGUGCCUGCAGGUCUGGAGCCUGUGGUGGUGGGGGUGUUGAUCAUCAGCAUUGGACUAUCCAUGGGUGCUAACUGUGGCUUCCCACUCAGCCCUGCCCGGGAUCUGAGUCCUAGGCUCUUCACUUAUUUGGCUGGCUGGUGCCCUGAAGUCUUCAAUGCUGGAAAUGGCGGAUGGUGGAUACUUGUGGUGGCUCCUCUGGUGGGGGCCACCCUUGGCGCAGCCACAUACCAGAGCCAGCUCAGGAUGUGGUAGUGCCUCAGCACAAAGCCUCACACUUGGGAGCUCCGUGCCUCAACUCAAGACACAGGAAUGUAAGCUGUGAUUAUGAUCAACCUAACCUCACUCCCCAACAGCACAACCCAGCCUACUUGCAAGAUAGACAUUCUCUUUAUUCAUAUGCCAGACCCUGAGCCGCUUCACCGUUUACUUACUCCUACUUGGACCGUGGAGAACUUAAGGAUGAGGUUGGGUUCCUCCUCCUACAAGCGGUCUCUAGGCACCGAGUUUCUUAAAGCAGCCGCCAGAGGGUGUGCACACUGGCUGCUGGCUUUGGGAAGAUUGUGUAAAACUGCAGGGUGGGGCUGGAGAGAUGACUCACCAGGGUUCCAUUCCCAGCACCCACAUGGCGGCUA